AUGGACUUGAAGACAGCCGGAAAGAACCGACAGAUCCAACUAGCGGAGUUGGAAGAAUGGAGGGAGAAGGCCUACCAUAGUGCCAAGAUCUACAAAGACAGAACAAAACAAUGGCACGACAAGAGGAUCAAGCCCAAGGAGUUCAAACCUGGAGACAAUGUAUUAUUAUUUAAUUCCAGGGUAAAACUCUUCGGCGAAGGAAAACUCCGGAGCAAGUGGAAAGGGCCGUACACCGUCGUCAACACAUCCUCGCACGAGGCCAUCACACUCCAGGACAACGACGGUAAGAUCUUCAAGGAUAACUCUGGUAAAGUUUCAUGCCGAAAUUCCACUGUUGAUGUGCCGGUCCGCCCGACUCAGGCCUUCUAG